CUAUCCUGUCCAAAGAUGGUGGAUCAAUGAAGAUAAUUCACUCCCACUGUUUACCAUUGGAAACAAAUGGUCAGUUCCUGUCUGCUUAACGGAGUUAAUCUCCAAUAAACACCAAUGCGAUAGCAGCUGGGUCUGGUCUACUUAGUUCAUUGACUUCAAAUGAACCAGAAAAAAACAGUGAGUGGAGUGUCUCGCUUCCUCUUCCGUCUAUGCCCUGACUCCGUGUGUUGUAUUUUCCUCUCCACUAUCCCGGACUCCGGGACGUGAGAGACAUUAGGAAUAAACAUGAGCGACGGGAGCCAUUGUGGCCACUAGCCAGUCAAGGAAGAGAGGGGGAGAGAGAGGGGUACCACCACUACCUGAGUUGUUAUCAACAAAAUACCCACAUCUCACAGUUUAUUUUCUUAUAUAUGGUUCGGUUUAUUGAAGUUGACUUUUUCCUCCAUCUGGACUAAUUAAGUAUCAAUCAAAAGUUUGGACACAUACUCAUUCAAGGUUCUUCUCUGGCUCCCUGAAAGGAACACACAUACAUGCAUGCAUACAUACAUACAUACAUGCAUACAUGCAUGCAUGCAUGCAUACAUACAUACAUACAUACAUACAUACACGCAUACACACACACACACACACACACACACACACACACACACACACACACACACACACACACACACACACACGCACACUGUGACGUGAGAAAACAACUCAUGGUCAUGUUCUCCCACGCUCCCCUCCCAAUGGCUUGUCUAUAAUCAGGACCCCAACCCCAACUGAACCACAACCCGACCCCCGUACUCCUCGGUCGGCUACCACAACCAACUCCCACCCUCUUCUCCAACCAUGGCCAGCAAGAGGAAGUCCACCACCCCCUGUAUGAUCCCCAAUAAGACCAUUCACCUCCGUGAGGAGCUGGAGCAGGACUCGUGGCUGUCAGACCCUCCUUUCCUCCUCAGACAAGCCCAGGCCUGGGACCAAGGCUACCCCGUGGGCGGUAACAGGCAGAUCCCGAUGGAGCGAUCCCCAGUUGAGUCCUCCAGGCUUGAGGGGGGCGACAUUGUCAAAGACUGGGGCGGCACCUACACAUGCAGGCAUUGUAACUUUGAGAGCCAGGACCUCAACCUGUUCCUGGACCACGUCUACAGUGGCCACCCGGACUUCAGAGCUGACCCCAGCUUCCAGUGCAUGGACUGUGGGGUGUCGGCAGCCAAGUUCGAGGGCCUGGCCCUGCACAACGCUCGGGUCCAUCUCAGCACUGUGAGCACCACCCUACAGCUGAGGAAGAGGGACAUGAGGUUGGUGGUGGAGCAGAGUCUGGUCACAGGGACAGAGACAAUGAGGGACACAGAGAUCUCCAUCACCAAGACCCCCAUCAUGAGGAUGCUGAAGGGCAAGUCAGAGUCCAAGAGGAUUGUGGUGUCCCAUUCUUCCCCUGAUGAACCCUCCUCAGACCCCCCACCCCUCUCCAUCUCUGCCUCCAAAGAGACCGAGAGAAAAGAGACCCCCAAAGUGACGGUUACUCACGUCCCUACCAUAGUGCACAAUGGGACGGUCACCAAGGUCACGCUGCCCUCAGCUAUUCAGAUAGUGAACGACUCGGGGGCUCUGCCCAUGCUCAAGACCGCCAUCACACAGGUUGUGUCCGUGAUCCAGAACAGGAACUUUCACCAUCAGACAGCUCCCAUCACUGUCUCCUCAGCUUUCUCCUCCACCUCCUCUUACUCCACCUCCUCCAAGAACAUGCCCAAGGUGAUGAUCCCUCUGAGCAGUAUCCCAACCUACAAUGCCUCCAUGGACUCGUCCUCCUUCCUCAAGACAUCCUUCAGUAAGUUCCCCUACCCCACCAAGGCAGAGCUCUGCUACCUCACCGUGGUUACCAAGUUCCCAGAGGAGCAGAUCAAAAUCUGGUUCACCGCCCAGAGACUCAAGCAGGGCAUUAGCUGGUCUCCAGAAGAGAUUGAGGAGGCCAGGAGGAAGAUGUUCAACACCAUCAUACAGACUGCGCCACCUAGCACCCAGCACCAGACACUACACCGUGGCCAGACCCAGGCCCAGCAUACCAUCACGGUCCUGCCUGCCUCUCUGGGUCCUACGGGGAUCCCUCACAUCCUCCAGAGCUCUCUGGUGGGCCAGGGAGGGGUGAUUGUCACCCAGCCCAUGAUGGCCAAUAGCAUCCAGGUCAGCAGUGCCCCCAUGGCCCUGGCGGUCACACCCAAGCAUCAAGCUGCGGCCCGGCCUAUGGUGCAGGCCCGGCCUGCCGCCGCCCUGGUGGCGGAUAAGGGGAUCAGCAUGGCAGGGGGGACAGUGGGGAGCAGUAGCAGUGGAAGCAACAUCAGUAGUAGUAGUAGUAAUGGUGGAGGGAGUACUAGUAGUAUCAGCAGUGGUAGUAGUAGUUUCAGUAGCCAUGCUAGUGUUAUUAACUUUAGCCUUGGCAACAACCGAGGGAACAACAUUCAUAGCAAUCCCAAUGGCAAAGCCAUCAACACCAAUGGUAAAAUCAAUCUUGCUAUUGCUAUUCUCAAUGGUAAAAGCAACAGCAAUGCUAUCAGUAUGGUUAAAAGCAUCAGCACUGACAGUAGGCGCAAUGUCGGCAGCAAAAGCCACAACAGUACUAUUGAUAAAAUGAUCAGUGAGAGUAGAGUCAUCGCUGAUAUCAAAAGCACCAUUGACAACAAACCCAAUAGCAGCAAAGAUACUAACAGCAGCAGCUUGAGCAACAACAAAUCAACCACCACCCUGACCUGUGGUCCCACAGUCACAGCUACUCCUCCCCCUACAACCUCCACAAACACCACCAGUAACCCCACCACCACCAAAACAGAGGUGGCUUCUUCCCCCUCCACCAAACAUUCUUCCCUGGCACCAAGUGGGAGCACGGUUGCCAGUGGAACCCCAAGUUCCCGAACGCUCCCCAACACCUUCCUGGACCCUAGCUUCUACAAGAACAAGAAGUCAGUGGAGCAACUGUGGGCACUCAAAAAGAGCUUCACUAACAACCAGUUCCCCAACCAGGAGGAGGUGGACCGUCUCAUCUCCUUCACCGGCCUGACCAUGCGCGAGGUCCGCAAGUGGUUCAGCGACCGCCGCUAUCACUUCCGCAACCUCAAGGGGGGGCGUUCAAGUACGGGCGUUCAGGGUGGUGGUAGCACUCCAACCACACCCGGGUCGGCUAGUGCAACCACCCGAUCUGGGACCCCCAGUGGUAACAGUGGUACCCCCAUGGACCUGUUGGACACUGCCACUCCCAAUGAACCCCCCCCAAAAAAACAGCAGGGGUUGGCAGCCCUCAGCUCCCCUCCCUCACAGAUGCCCACUUCCCCAACCACCCCGUCCAGACGGCCCCCCAGACCCCCCUCCCCAGACUUCACAGCCAUCCGCUACAAAGAGAGGGACCCUCAGCAGGUGAGGGCGCUGGAGGCCAGUUUCAGCCAGGACCCUGACCCCUCCGGAGAGGAGGUGGACCACCUCCGGUCUGAAACCAAGAUGACCCGCAGAGAGAUCCACAGCUGGUUUGCUGAACGCAGGAAGAGAGUCGCUGCUGAGAAGAAGAAAGAGGAGUUAGAGAGGGAGGAAGAGGAGGAGGAGGAGAUGGAUGUAGGGGAGGUGGGAGGUAAGAGUAAUGAUGAUGCCGGGGUGAAGAAUGAGGAGGAUGCGGAGGAGAGGCAGAAGGAGGAUGGUUCAGGCUCAGAGCUGAAGGUGAACCCCAUUAAGAUCAACCUGAAGAUGCUCAAAGUGACUGAGUCCAAUGGCAAAAUGGAGACUGAGGCAGGGCAGGCAGACAGCCCUACGAUGCCUACCCUAUUUCCCCGAACCCUUACCCCAGAACCCUCCCCAGCCCCAACCCUCACCCCUGUUCCAGCCACAAUUCCAUCUCUAACCCCAAAUCCAACCACAUCACCCAAACCCUCUGCCUCUACAACCCCAAAACCAGCAGCACAAUCUUCCACCCCUGCCCUCAAGCCCUCCACAUCCCCCAAACACUCCCCUAUCCGGGGCAAGAAGACGUUAGGGCAGCUCCACCUCCUGAAGCAGGUGUUUUCCCGGACCCAGUGGCCCAGUGCGGUCCAAUAUGACGAGCUGAUUUCUUCCACGGGGCUGCCCAGGCCCGAGGUGGUGCGCUGGUUUGGUGACUGUCGCUACGUGCAGAAGAACGGCCAGCUGAAGUGGCUAGAGGCCUACCAGACCAUGGUCCUGGAAGAGGACUUCCAGAGGGGAGACACUCAGAUUCUAAAGGCCCAUCUGGAGGCUCAUGGGAGUCUGGAGGAGGAACAGGUGUUGGAGCUGGCACAGGCUAGUGGGCUAACAGAGGAGCUGGUACGACGCUGGUUUACUACCCAGGUUCCUCUACUUCUGCAGGGGAAGGAUAGGGGGGAAGCAGGGGAGACACCCGGGGUGGGGGGAGUAACUGUAACAGCCAGCCCAGCAACCACGGCACCCAUGGAGGGAGGAGUGGCGGAGCCGGUCCAAGGAGAGGGGGUGGUGAAAGAGGAGAAGAUGGAGCAGUCGGUGUGUGGAGGAACGUAAGGGGGAUGAGGAGAGGAGUGCGGGAAAACAAGACUGAAUCCUGUAAAAGAACAGCCUCAAUUCAUCGGGGUAUGGACUCUACAAGGUGUCAAAAGCGUUCCACAGGAAUGCUGGCCAAUGUUGACUCCCAAUGUUUCCCACAGUUGUCAAGUUGGCUGGAUGUCCUUUGGGUGGUGGACCAUUCUUGAUACACACGGAAAACUGUUGAGUGUGGAACAACCCAGCAGCAUUGCAGAUCUUCACACUAAAACCGGUGUGUCGUUCAAAGGCAUUUAAAUAUUUUGUAUUGCCCAUUCACCCUCUGAAUGGCACACAUGUCUCAAGGCUUAAAAAUCCUUCUUUAACCUGUCACCUCCCCUUCAUCUACACUGAUUUGGAAGUGGAUUUAACAGGUGACAUCAAUAAGGGAUCAUAGCUUUCACCUGGUCAGUCUGUCAUGGAAAGAGCAGAUGUUCUUUAUGUUUUGUACAGUCAGGGUAUAAAGUGGCACCACACUAAUUACCCAUGUAAGGUUUAUUUUAAUUUGAUUUUUUGUCGCAGGGACAGACUGAGGAUCUUAGUCUGAGCAGGGAAGAGGAGUGAGUGAGUGAUGGAGGGAUGGAGAGAGGUGCCCCCCAACUCCCAUAUUUCUCUCCAACACUCCGCUAUGCUGAAGAUGGCACUUGAAACCACCACAUCCUCCAAUCCACCAUUUUCUCCUUCAAACGACAAGUUCCAGUUGAGACUCUAAAUGCAGGAUUCACAGAGGAAGGGGUGGGAGUAGAGGAUAUGUUUCUCUCUCUCCGUCCUCCUCUCUGCUGCCGGCCCUGCUGCAGUUGGAGGGAGAAGUGGAUGGAUUUGGAGCAGAAAAGUAGGGGAGAGAUGUGGUUGGGAUUUGGACUCCAGCAGACAUAGGGAGGGCGUGGGGUUAAAAUCCUGACUGGACAGAUAUCGACCCAGCCGAUCCUCUAGUGUGAGGAUCCCUGGUGUGUGAAGAGCGAGAGAGACUGACUGUAGGCCUAUCCAAUAGGUUUUUGGUACUGGGGUACAAGAUGAGAACUGCACAGAAUGGUUUUUAAUGAAACUUGAGUUUAGAGGUAUCCUUGUUUUAGCAUCAAGUGCUUCUGUUCUGGACAUCUAUUUCUGUUUUCGUGUAUCUUUCUUAAACUGUAACAAACCUUGACUGACUAAAAGAAGUUCCAACAUACUUAGGCCUGUUGUAUAAUUUUUUGAUAUUAUUUGCAGAAUAAACAAAAUUUAACAUUG